CGCCUUCAGCACCACUUCGCUGUCCACAGUCUCAAAGAGAGCACGCUGACACCACCACCACCACCACCACGCGCCAGAAUCAACUUCAUCCACACUGAGCAACAAGUUUUGCAAACAUGCCGAGGUCUUUUCUCGUGGAUUCCUUGAUUCUACGGGAGGCCAACGACAAGGGGAACGAGAAUAACCCACCUUUAUUCCCGUACGCCGUGCACUCUCCGCACCAGCCGCACGGGCUCCCGGGCUCCUGCCACUCCAGGAAAGCCGGUCUCCUGUGCUUCUGCCCGCUGUGCAUGACCGCGUCCCAGCUACACCCGUCACCACCGACUCUGCCGCUCCUCAAGGCGUCUUUUCCUCCCUUCGGCACGCAAUACUGUCACACAGCUCUGUCCAGGCAACACUCUUCAUCCAACAGCGUCAACCUCAGCCACGCACCCGGGAUAUACCAGGCUGCGUACUCAGUCCCAGACCCACGACAGUUCCACUGCAUCUCCAUCGGUGAGUAAAGCCUCAUGUAAUUUUAAGGCGAAUGCAUGGUGCCAAAUUUCGUGUGUAUCUCGCAGUGGCUGACAAUCUCCCUUACUUUUCACAGAAAACAGUAACGGCAAACUUCAAAGCAGCAAGCGCAUGCGCACGGCCUUCACCAGCACACAACUUCUGGAGCUGGAGCGCGAGUUCACCUCCAACAUGUACCUUUCCAGACUGAGGCGCAUCGAGAUCGCCACAUACCUGAACUUGUCCGAGAAACAGGUGAAAAUCUGGUUCCAGAACCGCAGAGUGAAGCACAAAAAGGAGGGCAAGAGCAGCGGGCAAAGGACUGGUUCACAUAACUGCAAGUGUUCGUCCCUGUCAACCGCGAGAUGCUCGGAGGAAGAGGAGGAUGACAUGCCCAUCUCUCCAUCGUCGUCCGAAAAGGAAGAUGUGGACCUCUCCGUUUCUCCGUGAACUUUCUCACCUGCUCCUUUCGGAUAGAUUUUGGUCCUUGUGAUUUUGAGAACAGCCAAAAAAGAAAGACUGAUCCACUUGAGUUCGGUCGUUUGUAUAUACAAAGAAUAUUUAAUCAGGGAAUUGCCCUGAGUUAUUGUAUAGCUGUAUACAUGUUGUACGUUUUGUAUGUAGUUUUUUUCUGAAAACGGUCCAUUUGUUGUUGCCAAUUUCAUGAGUAUGGUAGGCAUAUUUGUAAAGACAAACCCAAAUGACAAAAAAGAAAAAAACGAUUCAACAUUGUUUAUUAGUAUUUUGGGCAAGACAGUAUUUUGUAUACAUGGUUACCAUACUGGUUAGAUUUAUUCUAUGUGAAUGGAACUGUGACUUCAAAUGUGAAAAGAAGCUGGAUGGACAUUGCUGAGAUCCCUCUGAAAUUAUAUCUUCAUUGUAAUUGAAAAAUAUUUAUUUAUUUAAAAAUGUUGAUACUUAAAUAAAAAUAUUUCUGAGCGGCA